AUGGUAUACCUGAACAAUGUUGUGGAAGGUUGUGUAGCUCGAAUUGCUGCCAAGCUAGAGAUGAUGAAACCUGCUCGAAUUGCACAUAGUAUGAUCAAUGACGCAGAGGAUAAAGGUCUAAUAACUCUUGGGAAGACUGUCCUCAUUGAAUCGACAAAUGGCAAUACUGGCAUUGGAUUAGCAUUCACUGCAGCGAGCAAGGGCUACAAGAUGAAGUUAGUCAUGCCAUCUACAAUGAGUCUUGAAAGAAGAAUUGUGCUCCUAGCUUUUGGAGCCAAGGUGGGAAUAUCAUCUGGUGCUGCAACAAUAAAGUUGGCAAAGAAGCAGGUUAAUGCUGGAAACUAA